UUGAGACGCGCGCCGAUAUAAGAGCGUCGAUCCGGAGUCAAACGCGAUCCCAUUGAGGUGUGAUGGAGCGGUUCGGUUCAGUCGGCUUUGGACCGGUUCUUCUCGUGUGUCUGAUGUCUGUGUACAGGCAGGCAUGGGUCAAAUCACCAGAGUAAACAACAGUGUCAGAGACAGUCCAAUAAUCGGGGUCAUAACCGGGCAAGAGAUCGGGGCAGGCAGCCAGCAAUCAAAGACACAGUCCAGGCAAACAAAAGGGUAACAGGCAGGCGGCAAACAAUCCAAGGAGCAUCAGCUCUGCCUCAUACAGCCAAUCCGCACAGUCAGUGCAAGUCAUGUGACCCUCGCCCGGCUGACUGCAUGUCGUAUCAGUGCAUCUCAAACUGCACAGUAUCAAAAGUCUGCCCGAAUCCACAGGACGUCUGCAUCGCUGUCUGGUGGAGGCAAGAUGGCAUCGUUACCAUGGAGACGAGGUGUCACGACCCGACGCAGCCGCUGCGUGGCGUGAUGUUGGAGGACUACAGCAGCUCAGACUGUGUGUUGACCAUCAGACACGCGUCCGGCCAUAACCUCCGUCUGUGCGCCUGUACGGGACGUGACUGCAACGAGCGCAUGGUGCUGAACAAACCCAGUGAGGACUCGGAGUUAGUUAUAAUGAAUACAUCAAAAAAUAAACUGUUCAGAUUGCCUCAGCUCUGUAAGUUCUGUGACUUUGAAUCUACGGAGUGUAACGCCACCGGCGUCUGCGAAUCCUCCUGCAGCAUCACGUCCGUCUGCGAGGAUACAGAGGAUGUGUGCGCCAGUGCCUGGAGGAGGAGUGAAGGGAAGACGCUCAUCGAGACGGUGUGUCACAAUCCAGCGCUGAAGUUUCACGGUCAGUAUCUGACGGACUACAACAACACCAGGUGUGAGAUGAAGAAGGUGAAGGGGAUGGAGGACUUCUACAUCUGCUCCUGUAAUGCUGAGGGGUGUAAUGAUCGGCUCUUCUUCCCUGGAGUGAAUACAUCAAAAAAUAAACUGUUCAGAUUGCCUCAGCUCUGUAAGUUCUGUGACUUUGAAUCUACGGAGUGUAACGCCACCGGCGUCUGCGAAUCCUCCUGCAGCAUCACGUCCAUCUGCGAGGAUACAGAGGAUGUGUGCGCCAGUGCCUGGAGGAGGAGUGAAGGGAAGACGCUCAUCGAGACGGUGUGUCACAAUCCAGCGCUGAAGUUUCACGGUCAGUAUCUGACGGACUACAACAACACCAGGUGUGAGAUGAAGAAGGUGAAGGGGAUGGAGGACUUCUACAUCUGCUCCUGUAAUGCUGAGGAGUGUAAUGAUCGGCUCUUCUUCCCUGGAGAUUCUCCAGGAGAUGAACAGAAGAAGCUCCCGCCUUUGUUGCCGGUCCAGGUGUGCCUCAAACGUCCUGAGAAGUGAAGCUGCGGGCUCUUUGAUUGCCCCCUGGUGGCUGGAUGCAGUACAGGUCAUAAACCUCACCCUCUCCAUGUAAACGAACGGGACUUCAGUCAAAAUAAAAAAAUAAAUUACAUUUCCAAUAAAA